UGUCUCAAGAAAUUAACUAAAUGGAAAUCUCAGUCUUUUCCUUCUUCUUCCUCCUCCUCUUCUCUUCCACCUCCAUUAAAGCUGAACCAAGCUGCAGCCAUAGCCAUAGCCAUGGCUGUACAAAGCUCCACUUCCCUUUCAAACUAAACCUCUCUUGCUCAGAAAACACCACAACAAUCCACUUCAAAAGCCAUGAAUCAUCUCUACCUCUGGCAGUGAAAUCCAUUUCCUACGACCAAAAAAGGCUGGAUCUUGCAGACCCCCACGGCUGCGUCCACGGCGUCUUCCUCGAUCUCGACCUCGCUCCAACCCCGUUCCGCUACUUCUAUGCCCUCAAAGACUACAUCUACGUCAACUGCACGGUGAAACUGCCGCCGCCUUCGACGCCGGUGCCGUGCCUGAGCAAGCAAGGGGAUCAUGGCUACUAUGUGUAUGUUGUGAGGGCGGCGCCGCUGGUGGCAGCGCCUAGGCGCUGCAGGGAAGUCAAGAGAGUGGGGAUCCCAUUUGAGUACAGUCCUUAUCUUGAUGAUGGGUCCUUUGGACUUUCCUUGAGUUGGGGUUUUGAUGAAAAGCAGAGGAAAACAGAGUGCAAAACAGGGUGUUUCUUGAAAGCUACAAAUCUUCAAGUGGUUAGCAUUUGCUUGGUUGCAGCUAUGGUGGCCAUAGCAAUGGUGAUGGGGAAGAUAUCUCACUCAAAAAAGCAAAAUUAUCCAAAGGAAGAAGAUGACAAGAAUUCAUAUGAAGCCCUAAAAAAUGGUUCAGAUGAUCCUAUAAACCACCAAUUAGUUUGAGCCAAUUUUGAAUUGUAUAUUUUUGGUUUUGUUUUUAAUAUUAGUUUUCUCAAGUUUUACACAAAUUGUGAUGAAAAUUUGAAGUUUUCUUGUUAAUAUAAAAGUAAAUGAAAAAAUGUAGUU